AUGGCCAUUUUAGGCAUAUGUCAAUCCUCCCGGUUGUGCUACCGGGCGGUACCGUUCCCGCCCGUGAAAUGUACCCCCGAGCCGUCCCCCGCACCGGUUGAGCACCGCGGACUCCCUGUAAUAGGCAAAAGCAGUGCCAGUGCCGCAGUCAUGGGAGACGGCGCCCACAUAACCCCCAGUCCGACACCGGCCCGCGACUUUGGAUUAGAGAAGAAGGAAGCCCUUGAUGUCGUGGACUCACUGCCCAUCCAUAGGGAGCCGCCCCGGAAGCCAUGGCUUUCCAUCCUCAAAUCCUGGCUUGUCCUUGGGACUGAGAGCAGUGGCCGGUCUCCCGUCUAUCAGAACCGCGCUCCACCGCCGCCGGCCGAGUCCGACUCGUUCUGGUCCAAGAUAUGGACCUUCUUCAAGUUCCUCGGGCCGGGUGCCAUCAUCAGCGUGGCCUAUGUUGACCCGGACAACUACCAGACCGCGAUUGCCUCUGGAAGCUCGUUCCAAUACAGGCUGCUGUUCAUGGUGUUGGUGUCCAACAUCAUUGCCAUCUACAUCCAGUCCCUGUGCAUCAAACUCGGCACCGUGACCGGAAUGGACCUCGCCCAGCUGAACCACCUCUAUCUCCCGCGCUGGCUCGAGCUCUUCAUCUACGUGAUCGCCGAGGCGAGCAUCAUCGCCACGGACCUCGGCCAGGUCAUCGGCCAAUCCAUCGCGCUCAACAUCCUCAUCCCGGCCCUCCCGCUCUCCGCGGCAUGCGUCAUCUCGGUGGCCGACACGCUGCUCAUCCUGCUCUUCUACACGCCCACGGGCGAGCUCCGCCGCGUGCGCGUGUUCGAGGUCUUCGUGGCCCUGCUGGUCGCGGCCGUCUUCGUCACGCUCUGCGUGGCGCUCUCCAUGGUCUCGCCGCCCGCGGGGCCCGUCUUCCGCGGCUUCCUCCCCUCGCGCGAGGUCUUUGUCGACACGGGCCUGUACGAGAUGUGCGCCAUCCUGGGCGGCACCCUCAUGCCGCACGCGCUAUACGUCGGCACCGCCCUCUCGCGGUCGCGCCUGUACGACUACGACGCAAAGCAGCAGCAGCAGCACCAUCACCACUACCACCCCACCACCACUACCGCCGCCACAACAACAAACCGCCCCGCAUCCCCAACCUCAAGCUCAUCCACCCUCGACCAAGACCACCCCCCCUACCGCCCCUCCCUCCGCGCCAUCCGCGCCUGCCUCCGCUACUCCAUCGCCGAGCUCUGCGUGACCCUCUUCACCGUCGCCGUCUUCGUCAACUCGGCCCUCCUCAUCAUAGCCGGCACCGCCUUCUACCACCCCCCCACCAACCCCUCCUCAUCAUCCUCCGAAGAAACCCCCUCCGACGACCUAUACACGCUCCACCACCUCUUCCAGCACACCAUCUCCCCCGCCUCCGCCACCCUCUUCGCCGUCUCCCUGCUCUUCUCGGGCGUCAGCGCGGGCGUGGUCUCCACCGUGGCCGGGCAGGUGGUGAUGGAGGGGGCCUUCUCGCUGCGGCUCGCGCCCUUUGUGCGGCGGCUGGUCACGCGCUGCGUGGCGAUCAUCCCCGCGCUGGCGAUCGCGCUCGCCGUGGGGCGGGAUGGCCUGAGCCGGGCGCUGGUGGCGUGUAAUUAUUUGUUGGCGAUCGCGCUCAUUCCGAUUACGUUUCCGCUGAUCUGGUAUACGGGGGGGAGGAGGUAUAUGGUGGUGCCGUACGUUCCGUCACCGCCUGCCUUCGAGAUGUAUCAUGUUCCUAGACCGGUGACAACCGCCAUCAAGGGUAACGGGCAGGUUCUAACCCCAUGA